CACCACCGCCGCCGCCGGUCACUCUUGCCUUUCACCAACGCCUCCUUCCUCACUUCAUCUUCAUCUCUCUACAACCUCAUAAUGUUGCGAAAAUCACUUCUCCCUCUCUUCCUUCUCGAUCUUCUCUGCUUUAUAUGCUUACUUGCUGCCGAAGAUUCCUUAAUUUUCAACGAAGACGUUGGAGUCCUUAAUGUCACUACUACUGGAUCAAAUAGAUCUAAGGAAGAUAGCUUUGCUGGCAUGCUUGAUCGUGCUCUUGAGAAGGAGUUUCCUGAGAAUGAUGAACAGUCCGAUGGUACUGAUCCUGGGAGCUUCAAUAACAGUGUGGCAGGGCAACAGGCAGUUCUGGAAACUGUUGCUAGAGUCAAGUCGAAGAGAAAUGAAAGCAAAGAGGAGAAGUCAUUUCAGCUUCAUGAUGUCUUCAAUUUGGAUAAUGAGAACCGUCCUGAAGAUACACCAAGACUGAUAGAUAGCAAGGACAAUGUCUUUAUCAUGUCCAAUCCCAAGUCUAAGUAUCCUGUGCUACAAUUAGACCUAAGGUUGAUAUCUGAUUUGGUUGUCGUCAUUGUCUCUGCAACUUGUGGUGGGAUUGCAUUUGCUUGUGCUGGGCAGCCGGUUAUUACAGGAUAUUUGCUAGCAGGAUCGGUGAUUGGACCGGGGGGACUUAGCUUUGUUAAUGAACUGGUUCAGGUUGAGACUGUUGCUCAGUUUGGUGUAAUUUUUCUUCUUUUUGCAUUGGGCCUGGAGUUCUCAUCAGCAAAGCUUCGUGUUGUCCGAGCAGUUGCUGUCUUAGGAGGUCUGCUACAGAUAUUUCUUUUUAUGUGCUUGUCUGGAGUAAUUGCUAUGUUAUGUGGUGGUGAAGCUUCUGAAGGUGUAUUUGUCGGUGCCUUCCUUUCCAUGUCAUCAACGGCAGUGGUUUUGAAGUUUUUAAUGGAAAAGAAUAGUAUUAGCACUCUGUAUGGGCAAGUCACUGUUGGUACCCUUAUUUUGCAGGAUUGUGCGGUGGGUUUAUUGUUUGCACUGCUUCCAAUCCUGGGUGGUACUUCUGGAGUUCUUGAAGGCAUGUUAUCAAUGACAAAGACGUUGGUGACCUUGAUUACGUUCUUGGCCGUUUUGUCGAUAUUAUCCCGCACUUGUAUUCCUUGGUUUCUUAAUCUUAUGAUAAGCCUAUCAUCUCAAUCCCAGACCAAUGAACUUUAUCAGUUGGCGUCUGUGGCUUUCUGCUUGAUAGUUGCAUCGUGUAGUGACAAGCUGGGUUUAAGCCUUGAAUUGGGUAGCUUUGCUGCUGGAGUGAUGAUAUCAACAACUGAUCUUGCUCAGCAUACUCUUGAACAAGUUGAACCCAUUCGGAAUUUCUUUGCUGCUCUUUUUCUUGCCAGCAUCGGGAUGCUUAUUCAUGUUCAAUUUCUUUGGAACCACAUCGAUAUUUUACUAGCUUCUGUUAUAAUGGUGGUUGUUAUAAAGACUUUAGUAGUUGCCACAGUAGUCAAAGGAUUUGGAUACACCAACAAGACCGCUCUUCUUGUUGGAAUGUCCCUUGCCCAAAUCGGGGAAUUUGCUUUUGUCCUUCUAAGUCGUGCCUCUAAUCUUCAUCUCAUUGAGGGCAAAUUGUAUCUACUGCUUCUUGGCACAACAGCUCUCAGCCUGGUGACGACACCGUUUCUUUUCAAACUAAUUCCUGCCGUUGUACAUCUUGGAGUAUUAUUGCGUUGGUUCUCACCCGAUACAGAGAUGCUGUUUAAAGGAGAACUGAUGCGUUCCGACACUGCCAAACGUAUUAGUUUGAUGGUAGAUGUCUCUCAUGAUUUAUAAUGUAUCGUUAAGUAUGAAUUACUACGGAAAAAAAAGACAUGACUCAAAAUCACAGGCAAUGGACGUCUGAUUCUUCUCGGCACAGGUGCAUAAAAGAGUCGACACGAGCUUAACUUCAAAUCCAAAGGAACAAAUGUCUAAAAUACCCCCGGCCCUUCCUACCGACUAAGAAAGGUAGCCCUAUACAUUACAUACUAACCCAACCUGCACCACUAUGUACAUAUACAUAUAUCUAUAUAUACAUACUCCCCUCCUCGGAUAAUUCUGAUUUUAGCUUCUUAAAACAUCGUUGAUUUUGUAUUUGUAGUUCGAACGAUUUUUUUUUUCUGUUACUGGAAAUCUGUAUGUCGUGAAUCCAUCAUCACUCCUAACGAAGAGUCUAAUCCCGUUACGUAGAUUUGAAUUUGUUUCAUUUGAGUUUGUGGUCAGUAAAUGUAAUAUAC